UUGCAGUGUAUGUUUUUUUCGCAAUUCAUUUUAAGAUCCACCAAAUGCAACAGGAAUUGCGGUCACCUGCACCACCAACACAUCAGUGUCUCUCACAUGUGAAGUGACCGCGACAUUUACACACAUAAUGUGGAAGAAAGAAGAUUCUCCCAUUCUAGAAGGCGACAGACACUCAUUGAGCGAAAACAACCAGACUCUAAACAUCAGCAAUAUGACCAGAUCAGAUGAUGGAAAAUACAGUUGUGUGGCGACAAAUGCAUAUGGAAAAUCAGAAACGCACACAAAUGUUACCUGUGAGAAAUGCUGCAUGGACCGGAAAACCUCAACUCCUUCCCCAAGACAAGAUAUGACUAUUAGUCAGAUUUUGUUUCCAAGUGGACUCUCAAUCAUCACCAUUUUGGGGCUGUCUAUUGUGUUCUUCGGCAUUAUCAAAUACUGUCACUGCCGCAAAGGGAAAAAUGACAAAGCUACAGCAGGGGACGUUAACAUUGACAUUGGAAUUUAUGAGGAAAUACCUGGUAUUAAAGAGGUGGUUCCUUUGCCAUGCGUCUACAAAGACUUCAUUAAACCACGACAGGCCAAUCAGGACUCAGCUGCAGCAAAACACCUUGAGGAUUUUGGUUACUCUGAGAUUGGACCAGCAGGCAAUAAUACAACUAUUUUGUAUCCCAUCAGCUCAGAUGAAGAGUUCGGGCCGUGUCCUGAUGCUAAUAAGAUUAAUGUAUCUGAAGCAACCUGCAUCAGCAACAACUCAUCUAAGCUUCAGGAAAAACAAGCAGAACAGCUCGAUCAACCACAAGAUGAAGGCAAAUUAGUCACUUAAUCUGUUUGUUGAACUUUAUACUUGCUGUGUACUUCCUGGUGCUACAAUCUUGUAGUCGUAAUAAACACUUAGACUUUGAAAGUCAUGUUUAAUAGAUGUGCACAGUGCAAGAAGUCAAAACCAGUCCAUUAAUGAAUGUCAUAGACUUUGAUUAAAUAAAUGCCAUUCGGGGUAUUUGGGAGAGCAAUUGUAGUUUGUCAUGCAUGUCAAACACUGUUAGAGGUCCUGUAUAUCAAUUAAAGAGGUUGCCAUGAAGUCAGUCUCAGUUUAACUAAUGCUGAAAGGCAAAUCUUCAUCUCAUCGAUGCGAGGUUUUCAACAAAAUGUAAUACAUUUUGCCCAGAGCAGACACUGACUUUGAAUGCUGAAUUGUGUGUCUUGUAUUAAAGCAGGAGCAGAUUAACAUACUUUAUUUUUUUGCUUGUGUUAAGUAAAAAAUCACUU